AUGACAAUAACAAAACAUAACUACGCGCCCUUUGGUUCAAAUGUUAAUCGCUUUGGAAGAAUAACUGUUCAUCCAAGAUUAGAUCCAAGCGGACUAUAUGCGAAACGACCAUCAGCCUGUGACCCAUGUUUUUAUCAUCCAAAAUCGAUAGAUGAAGUUUUUCAAAUGAAUAAGAAAAAAAAAGUUAACAAAGAUCCAUGGAGAUACAAAUCGGAGUUAGAGGAUUGGGCAAGAAACUUAGGAUAUAGGAAUCAGAAAGUUUUAAAACAAAAAAAGUGGUUCAAUUCUAUUUUAGGACCAGCAUGGCAUGAAGUGUUAGAGGCACCCGAGUGCUCGCGUUUUUGUAAAAAUCUUGGUUUUGGUAGAACUCCACGCUUCAAGCCUUCUAAGAAUGAACUACCAGGCCCUGGUACAUAUUACAAAUCUUGUCCUUUUAAAACUAAAUAUGGCCCUCAUUCAACAAGGCCUACCUUCGAAAGGGAAGAACCCUGCCGUUUUAAAGAUAUGUCGCCGAAAUGGUCACUGGCAGCCAAUCGUUACACAAUUAUAGAUAAAAAUAGCAUAGAGGAAAAAUCCAAAAAAAUUGUAUCACUACGAGGACCUUAUGAUCUUUUCACUGGAAAACGUGAUGGUAGUACCAUAAAAAAUCAUUUCAAUACAUCAUUAAAGUGUUCUGCCGCUACGUGGCCUAUUGCACUAAAAAGCACUUUGGAUAAAUACACAAAGUCCCGCUUUGGUGAAAUGAAUAAAACGAAUCGAGAUUUACCACAUAGAGGGCGAAACAUUUUAACAGAUUUAUCCAUGUGUCCGCGAAAGCCCGCGGAUCCCGGACCAGCACAUUAUAAUCCAGAUAAAAGGAAAGUAUUUACGCAGAACAAAUGGGGUUUCAAUAGUAGCUACGACAAACCGCCAGGUUACAAACGCGUGAUUGUAUGGCCAGGUGUCGGACGAUACAGUGUAAAAAGUAUAAGUUGCGGUAUUAUUGGACAAGGUCAUCGCCACGUUUUCCUUAGUAAACAACAAAGAACUAUUGGAGCUAUUUUACCAGAACCUAUGAAUUCGUUU